CUUAUUAUCACAUCAUAUCACAAUCAUGCAGCAGACACACAACUACACUCAUAAUUCAGUGCAAUCUGCAUGUGUGUGUUAUCAGUAGAGAUGCUGAGCCAUGCGUAUGAUUGUGGAGACGUGCGCUCUGCACCUGAAGUCUUCACUCGAGACUUGGAGAAAUGUUUCGGAGUUAUGAGUGAAUGAUGGGUCAAAAUGCAAGUUACACUGAAUACGGGUCAUGGAAAAUCUAGAAAACUCGACAGAUUGCAAGGAGACUGUGUCUCCACUAAACAAUUCAGGGUCUUUACUGAACAGCACCGUCUCCCGUCGUGAUGGCGAAGCUAUGGGGUUUGUGCUGGUGCAUGCAGGGGCAGGGUAUCAUUCAGAAUCCAAAGCCAAGGAAUACAAACAUGUGUGCAAGAGAGCUUGCCAGAGAGCUGUGCACAGGCUCAGAGCUGGAGGAAUGGCGCUGGAGGCCGUGACAGCAGCUCUUAUCGAGCUAGAGGACUCCCCGUUCACCAAUGCGGGUACCGGUUCCAACCUGAACCUCUCCGGUGAGAUUGAGUGUGAUGCCAGCAUCAUGGAUGGGAAGUCCUUAAACUACGGAGCUGUUGGAGCCCUGAGUGGAAUCAAGAACCCAGUGCUGGUAGCCAGAAGACUAUUAAGUGAAACUCAGAAGGGGAAGCUUUCAGCUGGCAGGAUCCCUCCCUGUUUUUUAGUGGGCAAAGGAGCAGAACAGUGGGCCAUCAGCCAUGGUAUUCCGGCAUGCCCUACAGAGAAGAUGACCACCAAGUUCAGUUUGUCAGGCUACAAGAGGAACAAGAGGAAGAUGGAGCUGGCGGAGCAGGUUGAGACGAAGAGGAAAAGACAAUCAUGUGAACAUGAGAAUGAUUUUGACUGCUUGGAGCCUGUAGGAGACUUCAUGGUGGAAGGUGAGGAGAAUAACUCGGCCUGUCUGGACACGGUUGGUGCGGUUGUGGUGGAUCGGGAAGGGAAUGUGGCGGCUGCAGUUUCCAGCGGAGGUCUGGCCAUGAAACACCCGGGUCGGGUGGGACAGGCUGCUCACUAUGGUUGUGGCUGCUGGGCUGAAAACGCCCGUAACAUCAGCCUUUACUCUACAGCUGUGAGUACCUCAGGUUCGCCGUUCCUGGCUGGCGAAGACUGUGUUCUGGGUGGGGUGAUCGUUCUGAGGUGCUGCACAUGUGGAGAAGCCCAGCGCUCUGAAGACAUCCAGGCUCUGCUGGUGGAGUUUCUAUGGAGCCAUACAACAGAGAGCAUGUGUGUGGGAUACAUGUCUGCCCAGGACAGUAAAGCCAGGACUCGCAUAUCCAGACUUCCUCCUGGGGCAGUGGCCGGACAGUCACUGGCAAUCGAGGGUGGAGUUUGUCGACUCGGGACCGUGAGUGACUGAAGCGGUGUGAAAUCACCCUCUAUUUCUGCAGCAAUAUGCCAGCGCCGGGAUCUUUAUAGCAAGAGCUUGACGUUGUGUCAUUGUAGGACACAAUCAUAAAGGGACAAAAAGGUCGCAAUAUGUCUCUCAAUAAUUCCCAAUAUUAUUAUUUAUUCAAUCCUUUUAUUAAACCUACCAUACAACUUUCGCGCUCUGUUCACAGGCAUAGCAUAGACUGUUUUACUGUCACUUGAGAGAGGGGGGGGGUACAGGGUUAGCAGGGUAAUUUGCCUAAGGCGUCUGCUAAGAAAAGGGCAUGCCAAAUGCACUUCAGGACUAGUGUACUGCUCUGGUUUUAGUGGGCUUCCAAGAAACUCAGCUUCUAGUAUGUGCUGGACAAGACUUGAUGCUCCAUUUCUAUUCCUCUUUGAAACAAUAUGCACCGUCCUUAUCAUUGUAAAUAAGCUAAAGGUUGUUGAAACAGGGUGGCCAUUGAUGUAAACGGCUUAUUGAUUUUUUGCUUACUUGACAUUUAAUAUUACUUUUACUAUGAUGUUUUUAUAUAUAGCCAAGAUGCUUGUUUUGUGCAAAAGUUCAGUUUAGUGACAUUUAGUGAAAAAAGGUCUGAUUUGACACGUGUGCUUGCCGUGAGUAAAUGCAUACACAAAUGCAUACACAGUGUGGCAUACAGGAUAAAAUCCUUUUUGAAAUUGCCUUUUCAUUUUACUUUUUUAAAGCUAUGUAUAGCAUUUCAGUUGGAUGAAUAGUUCACCCAAGAAAUUCUAUUACACAUUCUCAUGUCAUUCCAAACCUGAACAAUUAACAUUCUUCAGUGGAGCACAGAAGUUUGGUUUCAUUAAGAGUAUCCUGGCUAUUCUUUUUCAUAUAAUACGUUUUAAAACAAUUAAAAAGAACCAAAGUAUCAGAAAAAUAUCCACAUGACUUGUGCACUAUAUUCUUCAGAACUCAUACUGAACUUGCGUACUGGUCACAUGACACGUUGGUGCUUUUACGUCCUUUUUAUAGUUUGAAAUAUUCAGUCCCCAUUUAUUGAAAUUGCAUGGAAAAGUGAUCUUUCUGUUCUUUUGUUUUUCAUGAAAAUAUUUGUGCAGAUUUGAAUGACGUGAGGGUGAGUAAUUUUUAGGUGAACUAUACCUUUAAAGAGCAAGAUUAUUCUCAAAUCGAAUGAUAUGCACUGUUGAAAAUAAGUUAAUUUGUGGAUGUUACACUUUCACCACAAAGUUGAUGGCAGUAGGAUUUCAGAAAGAUCUUCUGAUGAGACUAGAUGCACACGCACUUUUGCCCAGCGUCUUACAAAAUAAGCUGCAUCAUGCACUUCUGUGGUUGAGCUGUAUUAACAGGUGAACAGCUUUGUGUGUUUUCUAAUGCCACGUGUAGUGCUCAGGAGAUGAGACCCCAAAAAGCAAGCUAAAAAUGACUGUUAGUCCAUCUUUGAAAAUGCAAAAUAUAUUUUAGGUCUGUAUUUUAUAAUGGCAGAAAAAUGAGAGGAUCUCGAAAAUGUAUUUAUAAAUUACACUGAAUCAAAUAUUGUUGAAGGUUAUUACAUUGAUGAGGGUUUUUUGGCAGGGCUAAUAUUUCAAGUUCUGUAGUUUAGAUUUUUUCUUUA